UUCUCUCAUUUAGACCAGCAACCAUUCAUGUUGUUGGACUACUGCUGUCGUUGCUGUGGUUUCACACUCAUAAAACGCCAUGGACCCUUCUCCCUCAAGACCACUCCCAGUGAUACCUGGGUUGUUCUGCAGAAUCUGCUGAUGUGCAUGGUGUGCUUCUACUCUCUUUACUACAUCGUGGUCAGUCUUUGCAUUGGACUCUUCAGAGUUCACGAAAUCAACAGCUUGUUAACACCAUUUGACUACACAUCACAACCAUCAUGGCAGAACCCCAAAUACUUAGUUGGGGUCAUUUCCACAGAAGUGACUUAUGUUUUGGGAGGGCUGGUGUUCGCUUGGAUUGUGGAGGAGUGGGUCUGGGAUUACGCCAUAACUGUCACACUGCUGCACAUUGGGAUGACUGUAGCAGUGAUGUCAGAUUUCCCCUCAGCCGAGCACUGGUGGAUCGCUUUGGGUUCAGGCCUGCUUAUGAUGAUAUUUGGAGGACAACUCCUGGCCUACAAACUCUUCAGGAACAACUUUGUCUAUCCUGCUGAACUGGAGAACUUCUAAUAAAAACCAGGAAAGCUUUUAACUGGCUUAUUGGGUAAUACCAGGUCGGAAGUGUGCCAGUCAAUUUGCUUUGCGUUUCACUGUUUAAUUCAUGUUUAUAAUGGUGUGAGGAAGUAAAGCAUGUCAGUUAAGAAUAUAUAAGAAAACAUACAUGUAUAUUAUUUGUACUUCAUAACAUGGAUUAGGUAGUAGGCUGUUCUAGACUGUAAAAAUGGCUCCACUUUGCCUGUUGAACAACACUUUUUUACACAUUAAAGGUAUUAUUUUGUAUUGUUUAUUUUAAAGAAUCUUUCAUAAGCCAACUUGCAGAUAACCGUAUAUUGUUUUACAGCUGGAGCAUUUGUACAGUUAAAAAAAUCUACUGACUAUUAUUGUUUUAUAUUUCUGAUAUCAUUGCUCUUGGGAAUGUAAAUUAUAAAUGACUUGUCUUUUGUUAUAAAAUAUCAGCUGUUCAUAAAGAAAGGUAUGGGAAAUAAAAUCUGUCAUGUGGGUCAGGUCACUAGCUACAGGGGUUGGACAAUGAAACUGAAACACCUGGUUUUAGACCACAACAAUUUAUUAGUAUGGUGGUGGGCCUCCUUUUGCGGCCAAUACAGCACCAAUUCGUCUUGGGAAUGACAUAUACAA